ACCCUAUGGUUCUUCUCACUACACUGCUUCUCUGGUCCUCUUCUCUCAGUGCUUUCUGGCGACCAAAGGUGUGUUGUGAAAGAUGAGUAGUGUUGUUAGGGCUGCACUGAGAUCCAAGUGUAGUGCUAGUGCUGUUGCAUUUGUUCAGAGAAGUGAUGGCUUCCCAGCAAGGUGCUUCUUCUCCACUGAAGCGCCACAGAGUUCAAUGCCCCCUCCUCCAUUCCUUCACACUGAUGAUUCAGGUGUGACAUAUGGUAGGAUGCUCGGCAUUCGUAAACAUGUACUAAAAACAGAUAUCAUCAACUUCCUGGAAGGUUGUAAUUUGACUCUAGAGGAUGUUAAAAUUGACUACGAUCGUGGCUUUUACCCACUUGCAAUGAUGUUGCAAUUCCCUACUCGUGAUAACUAUGACAAUGCUAUAAGGGUGAUUGUAAAGAGGGGUCGCUUGUACAAAUUGGAUCGGGCUGAUCGUGCCCAAUGGGACAUCGUGACUCCAUAUGAUGGAAAAACUAUUUUAAUUCGAGGCAUUCCUCGAAGUGCAUCAUUUGAAGAUGUAACUCGCAUACUGUUCGGAUAUGAAUACGAUGCAUCCUCCGUCAAUAUGUUUUUAAGGCCUGGAGCAGCCAGAGGUUCAGAUCCUAUUAAAAUGGCCACAGUACGCUUCAAUUCAAGGACUCAAGCAAUGAAUGCAUUUAUGACAAAAAAUGGAACGUUUUGCCUAAACAAUCGCGUUUUGAUACAAGUUCUCCAGUAAUGCAUGCCCCUUGCUGGCGCUACUGGUAUAGUUCUGGGUUGAUAGAGCGUAGAGUAGUUAAAAUUUUAUACCCUUUCUUUCUGUGAUUUGGGAUUUCAUAGCGUCUUUGGUUUAUAGUGACACAGAACAAUGUUUAACUUGUGGCAAACGGGUAUCCAUUUCUUGAAUAAAAACACUUGACCAAUUAGUUGGCAUUUGAUGAAGAGUUUGGUUUUUCUUCUCAUUAGUUUCCAAUCAUGUUUUUUUAAUUACUUGAAAACGUAUCGUUGAUUAUAUAUAAAUAGCAAGUUUAC